AUGUCAUUUCAAUUUCCUAGUUAUUAUAGUAGAGAACCAUUCUUUACCAUUCAACCGGUAUUGAAUACUAGAAAGAAACAAUUAGAAAUGUGGAUCGAUCUUGUAUUGUCAUAUUGUAGAUACAACAAAGUAUAUGAAAUAGAUAUCAAUGAAUAUAUUAAAAAGGAUCAUAAAUUGUUUUAUAAUGAAAAGAUUAAUAGAAGAUUAUCAAAUGAAUCAACAAAAAUUAUAUUUGAAGAGAUGAUAGAGAUUGGUAAUGGAGAAUGGUUAGAUAAAGACAAGAAUAGAGUUAUGGUUUGGUGGAGAAAGCCUGAAGAAUGGGCAACAUUGAUUUAUAAAUGGGUUCUAGACAGUGGUCAAACCAAUCAGGUUCUGACUCUAUGGGAAAUUCAAAAGGGUGACGACACCAAGAACCAAGAGUUUUACGAUCUCGAUACCAAUGUACUAAUUAAAUCUUUAAAGGUAUUGGAGAAACAAUCAAAAGCACAAGUAUUCCAAGGUACCGAUAGUAAUCUUGGUGUUAAAUUCUUUUCAAUCUAA